AUGACUGACGAUGCGCCCGUCCCCCAUGCGUCGCCACCAACUCAGCGCUUCUACAUCAACGAGUGCAAGACCCAAGAUAUCUGCAGCCCCAACGCCACGUGUAUCAACGCCAACGGAAGCUACUGGUGUAAGUGCCGGGCCGGAUACGUCCCCUCCAACAGGAACACGACCCUGUGCCAAGAGCUCACCUGCCCGCGGCUGCUGGAUUAUGACAACUCUGCCGAAGCCAAGAACCUCCAGGGCAGCUUCCAGGCACAGAUGGGACGUCUCUGCAAGGCGGCGCUGGAGGAGCUGAAGCAGAUGAACUCUCAGAACGCCGAAGAGAAGCUGCAGGGCUUCUUGGACAUUCUGGAGAAGCCGAUAAAUCUGGUCGGGCAGCAGAGCGAGAGUGUGGAGCAGAGACACCGGAUCGCAACCGAGCUGAUGGCCAUAGUGGAGAAUCAGCUGAGAACGCUGGUCCUGACCCUGCGUGACAGCAAGAUCAGCAUCGCAUCCACCAAUGGCACAGAGCUGGGGCUGGCGGUCAGGCAGGCUGGGAACCAGAGCCAGGAGACGGUGACGCUGCAGCAGAGCAAGACGCAGAUGGAAUUAAAAUGGGCCAGAGCCCCAGGGCAGAAAAAUGAAGCCCUGGCCGGCAUUGUGGUUGCAGAGCUGGGGCUGGCGGUCAGGCAGGCUGGGAACCAGAGCCAGGAGACGGUGACGCUGCAGCAGAGCAAGACGCAGAUGGAAUUAAAGUGGGCCAGAGCCCCAGGGCAGAAAAAUGAAGGCUUCACGCUGGCAGGGCUGCUGACAUACCAGGGGAUGAGCUCCAUCCUGGAAGGUGCUGGGCGGGUGGAGGCGCCCGAGUGGAACGAGAUCGGCCAGACCAGGAAGCGGGCGCAGGAGCCCGGGCGGCCCAGCUACCGUGUGCUGUCUCCGGUGGCGUCGGCCUUCAUCAGUGACCCGAACCCCCAGGCACUCGGCCUCUCCGUCAGCAUCCGCUUCAGCCACCCGGUGCCGGAGUCGAAGACUGACCUGCGCCUCCUCUGCGCCUACUGGGAGCCUGGCAGCAGGCGCUGGGCCACCCACGGCUGCACCCUGCAGAAGUUGAACGCCACCAUCACCCGCUGCCAGUGCAACCACCUGACCAGCUUCGCCGUGCUCAUGGCCUUCUACGAGCUGGAGGACUGGACCCUGGACAUCAUCACCAAGGUGGGGCUGGUGAUCUCGCUGCUGUGCCUGCUGCUGUCCAUCGUCACCUUCCUCUUCUGCCGCGCCCUCAAGGGCCCCCGCACCACCAUCCACCUGCACCUCUGCCUGGCGCUCUUCAUCGCCUACACCGUCUUCCUCACCGGCACCUCCAGCACCGGCAACAGGGUGGUGUGCGGCGUGGUGGCCGGGCUCCUGCACUAUUUCUUCCUGGCCGCCUUCUGCUGGAUGUGCCUGGAGGGCGCCGAGCUCUACCUGCUGGUGGUUCAGGUCUUCACCCCCCACGGCCUCAGACGCCGCUACAUGUUCCUGCUGGGCUACGGCGUGCCGGCCCUCAUCGUGGGCAUCUCGGCCGCCAUCUACAGCAAGGGCUACGGCACGGCACGCCACUGCUGGCUCUCGCUGGAGAAGCAAUUCAUCUGGAGCUUCCUGGCGCCCGUCUGCAUCAUCAUCGCGGUCAACGCCGUGAUCUUCGUGGUCACCGUCUGGAAGCUGUCGCUGAAAUUCGCUGACAUCAACCCCGACAUGAGCCACCUGAAGAAACUCAG